AUGAUGCGUAUCUACACCCCGCUCAUUCUUCUCUUCGCCAUCCUCUUUGGAUCGGCCAUCGUCAACGCCCUUGCCGCACCGCAGGAGGCCAAUCGUGCCCCCGAUGCUAAAAUGGCCGCCGCCAUCGAAGCGGCUAUCGCCAAAAUCCCCAACUUCACGCGCAUCUCCAAGCUCCCCCCCAACAGCACCUACACGUUCACCCAAGAAGUGUUUAACCCAGUCACCAAAAUCAACACCACCAUGAUGGUCUCCAGCACCGUCAGCGACCUCAUCGCCGGGCUCUCGGAAUCUUCCUCCAAUGCACUCGCGAAGCGCGACGACCCCGAAUUCGGCUAUGUCUGCGAGACCACCAUCCGUAGCCCGCGCCUGUUCGAUGUAAUUGGCAACAUCAUCGAGAUGAACCGGAACCCGCGGGCUGUGUGCUGUCAGCUCGAGCGGAGGGGGCGCUGCCAUACGAUGCGGAACUGGGGAACAUCGUCGAUGGGCAUCUGCGGGAGCUGGAUGAGGUGUGUGCCAUGUAAGAACGUUUCGGAGUUUCUGAUUCUGUUGGCGGAAAGUUGUUACCAGAACUACAGAGGCUACCCAGUGACGGGUGGGAGGUUUGUGUUGGGGUGGUGGGGAACGACAGCGCCGUGGGGGGGAGAGUUGACAGUAUUUCGGUCUUAG